AUGUCGACUCUGCGUGUGCUCUGUCGAGAUCAGCCUCGACGGUCUAUUGCGCUCGCUACGAACGAUUGUGUUCUUGAAAUCACCCAGCCUCAUGUAGAUAACACCCGCAGCGGGCCAGCGAAAAAUCAGGAUGCAAACCGCUAUCUCUUAGAAGCGUUCUUCCGUUCAUCAGAGGAUUUGCAAGGUUAUCGAGUUUUGGGAGAGGGUUGGGGAACCCUUGGCUUGAUUUCUUUGAAUAACGACGUCUUUAUUUGUGUCGUGACUAGCUCUUCUCGAGCCGCUACCGUACGACCUGGGGAGACGGUCCUGAAGAUUGAAAAUGUGGAUUUCUACUGUCUCAAUCGAUCAGACUAUGAAUACGGAGAAGAUUAUCAAACACAAUCCCGCUUUGCUGCGGAAGACAUCGGUUCCGAUGAGUUGAAUGAUCACAAAGAUGUAAUCACGGAUCACCCUUUUCUCGCCUUGAAAAGAUUGUUGAGCGACGGCAGCUUCUAUUACAGUCGUGAUUUCAAUCUUACGGACCGUAUUCAAGACAGGUCAACUACCUCGUCGACUUUUGGUAUUGAUGGCUUAAAUAAAGACAUGCUUUGGAACUCUUACAUGAUAGACCCUCUCUUACUCUUUCGAAGUCGACUGUCAAAGCACGAACAAGAGAAACUUGAUGGUUCUCGCAUCUUGACAUCGGUAAUCAGGGGUUUUGCUGGUACAUUGGCAAUACCUGCUUCUGCACUUCAAGUAUCUCAUUGGGCAUCAAAUUUGCCAUCAAGUCUAACUAUAAUCUCACGACUAUCUUCUCGUCGUGCUGGCACCAGAUUCAAUUCGCGGGGUAUUGACGACGAUGGGAACGUUUCAAACUUUGUAGAAACAGACACCAUCCUUUGGAGCCCUCCAGGCAUCACGUUCUCUUAUACACAAGCACGGGGUUCUGUGCCAAUAUUUUGGGAGCAGACACCAGGUCUAAUUCCUGGACAACAAAAGAUUGAAAUCUCUCGCUCAUUUGAGGCUACGCAAAACGCUUUUGAGAAACAUUUUGAUUUCCUGGAGCUCAAUUAUGGCGCUGUCCAUAUCAUGAAUCUUUUGAGUGAUACAAAGAAUGGCGAAUUAGCAUUGUCGUCAGAGUUCCGUAAACACGUUGCCAAAAGAUCUGCUGCGCACCAAGGCGAAUCCUCCACGUCUUUCGACCAUCACCUACUCCGAAUGACCGAUUUUGAUUUUCAUGCGGAGGCAAGAGGGCCAUUAGGAUAUGAGGUUAGCAAUCUGAUCUAUGAUCUGAUAAAACGUGCCCUCAACGGGUUUGGUUACUCUCUAAUUGAGGGCAAUAAUCCGGAAAAAUCUUCGCUGUCUGAUCGAAACCAAAGAGAUGUUCCCAGGGUCAUUUUGCAACAAGAAGGAAUUUUCAGAACGAAUUGUCUUGACUGCCUUGACAGGACUAAUCUUGUACAGACUAUUAUUAGUCUAAUGGCUUUGGAAUUAUAUCUUAACCAAAGGGGGGGCAACAUGGUACCUGAAAUUCGAAUGAGACAUUCUGCUCUAUGGGCCGACAACGGAGAUGCUCUGUCCAAAGUCUAUGCAGGAACUGGCGCUCUGAAGUCAUCAUUUACAAGACAUGGGAAAAUGUCGCUGGCCGGUGCUUUUGCGGAUGCACGCAAAAGCGCCACCCGUUUGUACGUCAAUAAUUUCGCCGACAAGGCCAGGCAGAAUACCAUUGAUAUCCUUCUGGGCCGCCUGAAUAAUCAAGUGCCGGUUGAACUUUACGAUCCCGUCAAUGAUAUUGUCAUGGCAGAACUUGAGCGUCGAGCCGAAGAAUAUACGUCUUCGAGAAACAUCAGAAUUUGGGCAGGAACUUUUAAUGUGAACGGUCGAGGCGAUGGUACUACAACAGAUCUAUCCCCAUGGUUACUAGGCCUUCGUGAAAAGGAGGGAGAUAAUCCUACACUAGUGGUUGUUGCGUUCCAGGAAAUCGUGGAACUGAGCCCUCAGCAAAUCAUGUCAACCGACCCCUUGCCGCGAAUGACAUGGGAGAAUUCUGUCAAGGACUGUUUAAAUGAGUACGCAGAUCGGUUUAAAACCAAUAGGUAUGUGCUACUAAGAAGCGGUCAACUUGUCGGUGCCGCUAUUCUCGUGUAUGUGAGAGAAGAUGCUCUCAAUGACAUUAAGAAUGUGGAAGGCAGUGUCAAAAAGGCAAGUAAAUCUUAUCCUAGAUUCUUUACUAUGUUCACUAACAACACUAUCAAGACUGGCCUAUCAGGAAUGGCUGGAAAUAAAGGAGGCUGUGCAAUUCGUCUGGAAUUUUCGAAUACCCGGAUCUGCUUCGUGACGGCCCAUCUAGCAGCAGGGUUUGCCAACUACGAUGAAAGGAACAAGGACUAUGCGACAAUUAGCAGUGGGAUGAGAUUCCGAUAUAAUAGAUCUAUCGAAGAUCAUGACGCGAUCAUAUGGUUGGGUGACUUUAAUUAUCGGAUUGGUCUUGAAAACCAAGAAGUACGACAGUUGAUCAAGUUGGGUGAACUGGGCAAACUAUAUGAGCAUGAUCAGUUAAACUUACAAAUGUUGGCGGGAAGGACAUUUCCAUUUUACUCUGAAGGAAUAAUAAAAUUCGCCCCAACAUAUAAGUAUGACAUUGGAACUGACAAUUACGAUACUUCUGACAAAAGUCGAAUCCCAGCAUGGUGUGAUCGAGUGCUUUGGAAAGGAGCAGGUUUAAAACAAAUCGAUUAUCGUUCAGCGAACCUUAAGACAUCUGACCAUCGACCUGUCCUAUCCUUAUUUGACUGCGCUAUCAGCAUUGUCGAUGAAACCCAGAAAGAAAAGUUGAAUCGAGUACUCUAUGAUCAACAUCGUUCUAAGCUUAGAACGAUUGCAUCUGGGAAUUUACUUGAUGAUGAUAACGAUGACGAUGUUCUUCUUCCUUCCGCUAACUCUCUUGGCUUACCUCCACCAAGUUCGGAUCGUCAAAAGUGGUGGCUUGACAAUGGUCCUGGCGCGCGGUCGAAUAUCAAACCUUCCACACAAGGAGACAUGCCCAACAUCAUUGGCAGAUCAAAUCCAUUUGCCCAAAGUAAUGAACCCGAAUGGAUCAAACCUCAAACCUUACUUGAAGUAGCAAGCUCAAACUGGUCAAUUGCGAAACCACAACGACCGCAAAAACCCACCACAUUAAUUCAACAACUUACUCCAGCAAAGACAAACAUGGCCCAGUAUAGUGACGUAGGUGCCGCUAAUAAUAGGGAUCGAGAGCUCAAACCUCGUUUGCCUCCUCAACCGCCAACAUGGGGAACAGACCACCUUACCCCAGAGGCAGAGAGAAUACAACCUAGGCAUGCUUCCGCAGAUUUGCUGGAUGGAGAUGACCCUGUCAUGGAAAAAUGGAAGCCGUUACUUCCACACCGGUGA